GCUUACACUGCGGACAACACCAUGUUCUAUGCAGAGGCCAUCUUGUCGCGGCGUGGGCCACUCGCAAAAGUUUGGCUGGCGGCGCAUUGGGAGAGGAAGUUGUCGAAACAACAAACAUUGCAGACAGACAUUGAGCAAUCCGUUGACGCGAUCGUGAACCAGGAAACCGUGCCACUCGCGCUUCGACUCAGUGGUCAACUGCUGCUCGGUGUUGUGCGAAUCUACAGCAGAAAGGCAAAAUAUUUAUUGGAUGAUUGCAAUGAUGCAUUGCUUAAGAUAAAGAUGGCUUUCCGACCCGGCAUUGUGGACAUGACGGAAGAGCAGUUGACAGUCCCUAGGAACGCCAUCACGCUCAGCAAUGAGGGUCUCGAUUUUGAUUUCAUGAUGGACGAUUGGAAUAUGAACUUCGUCGCUCCAGCUCCUAGUGGUCGCCAUGCUGCCAAGAUCGCCGACAUCACACUGAAUGGAGGUGACAAUUUCGCGUUCGAUCUGGAGGAUCCAUACGCAAAUCCCUUCGUGUUCGAAGGUGGCAUCGACUCUCAAAUUGAUCUGAAUCUGGAUGACGCGAUGGACAUUGAUCUCGAGGCGCCUGAGGUUGGGCGCGGUGCAGAUCAGGAGAGCGUGGAGGUCGGUCGUGACGCGCCGAACGUAUCCAAUUCCAUAGAGCGCUCUUUUAACAACCAUCUACGUCCCAAUGCCGCUGAUGAUGGCUGGGGUGCAGGUGCUGGCGAUGAGUUCAAUUUCGAGUUCGACGCACCCGACGGCGACUUGUUUGACUUGGACGCUCCUGUCGAUCUGCCUGACCUGGUAGGUGGUAAACAAUCCAGUCUCGCUCCGGAGCACGAACGCGAGAAGACUCCCCUGUCACCAGCCUCAUCGCGCCUUACCUCCCUGCCUCCGACACCGCCGCCUAUGGAGGUCACGAUGCCCACUUUGACUCCCCGCACCGCUGCUCGCCUGGACGAGAUGGCGGACAAAGUGACUUCGAAGUCUGCGAAGGACAAGAAGAAGGCUCUUCUGAAGCGUCAGGCGAUCGAUGCCAUCACAGAGCUGGAUGAAGGCGACGCGUUCGGACAAAGCUUCGGAAACGAGGACAAGGAUCUAAGCGGCAUAUUAGCAGAUCAUCCCUUGUUGCCUGGCUCUCGAUCCAUGUUGAGGCUGCUGCAAGUCCGCGCCGACCCCUUGGCCCAUUUCCUGCCCACGAAGACUUUGAAUGCUGACACGUACUUCAUUGCCGCACCACCUGGUCUUGCGCCAGAGCUUGCCGAGCUGUUCACUUUCCCUACUAAUCGCCGCCGGUAUGCAGAAGACGAAGGCGAAGCACCCACUCCCAAACGUCCGAGAUUCAGCGAGACUGAAGUUGAAAUGGGUCGACGUGAAGAGGGCGACGCGGGCCGAAGCCUGGUCAUUGGUGAUGAUGUUCUCGGCGCCGGUGGUCCCCAGGAUGAUGGCGGUUUCAUGUUUGACGAAUCUGGUGACGCACCCAUGAUGGACAUUGAGAUGGACCGGGAUGGUUGGGGUGUGAGCGGUCGUCAAGGUACCCCGCGCCCUGGGAGUAAAGCUCCUGACGGUCGCGCUGCAAGUGAAGCAGUCUUCAGCCGUCUCUCCACGCCAUAUCUGGAUGAUGGAGAUGUCGGCGGAAUCUCGUACGACAACCUGACCUGUCCAAUCGAAAUCUUCGACACAAGGCAGAAGGAUGACACCCAGCCCACGCAAUCCGGCGAGGAUAGCGAAGACGUUGAUGCUCAGGUAGCAGAAGCGAAGCAGCAUGGCUUCAGCAAGAACACCCUGAAGGCUGUUGCAAUUCUCAAGAAGGAACUUCACCCUACACCCAGCAAGGCAGAUAAGAAGCUCAGCUUCAAUCAGGUUUCCCAGAAGGCGUCUCGCAGGGCUGCAUCCUCGUUCUUCUUCGAGCUCCUUGUGCUUGGUACUCGCGACUGCGUCAAACUGCAGCAGGCCGAUUCGUUCGGCAAUAUCGAGGUAUCGGCCAAGGAGAAGCUCUUUAAGCUCGGCACUUCCGAGGGUGUGCCCGUUGAGCCGGUUGCGUGAUAUUUCAUAUAUCUACACGAAUUCGCCAUGAGUUCAUUCCAGCUUUUCUUCUUGGAUGUACAUACUUCCUCAUUCCUUCGAUACCUUUGGCGUACAUUGUGGAGUUUUUAUAGUAUUUUGUAUUUCCGACCUGUGACUUUGUACC